UUUGCAGCACUGUCAGAUUCCUUGUCGACAAACAGAGGACCUUCUUCCUGUUGGUCACCCUUUAGAAAUGACUUUACACCACAGCUUGGCGUUUAUAGAAUUGCUCGAAGGUCUCCAGAUUUGAGCUCAUCAAGAGAUGAUGACGAUUCUGGAUACUCAUCGCAUAGAUCUGAAGAGUUGUGGUUGAGGUUAGGUGUUACCAGAGGCGACCUAGAUUACUGGACAGAAAACUGCAGAAAGUGGUUGUGUCAAACUAUCCUGGUACGUCUGGUCGAGCAGAUCGACUCUGUCAAUGAUGUACUUUGUAAGAUUGGUUGUCAAGAAUACCAGGUUGGAACUGUCAGUCUAAGCGUACUACGUCAUGUAUCUCAAGCCAAAUCAGGCCAGGUUCCAUUUCUACAGGUCAUCAUUCCUUAUUUAGAAGCGUCUAAUAACCAGGAAUACUUGGUACAAAGAGUGAGAGAGCUUGCAAAAGGAGGUUGUAUGAGUGUCUAUAGAUGGAACUCUGGUGGAAAGUUUCGCGGUAAAGAUUGGGAAUCWAACAACAUCACGGAUUCACAGAUUGUUAUGCAUAUGUUCUGUACGUACAUGGACUCAAGGCUGCCUGCUGAUCCAAGGUUCCCUGAUGGAGGGACUUUUACUGGGCUUCACUUCCUCAAGACRCCUGAUAAACCUGAUGCCAGGAAAAGUGAUUUGUGCAUAUAUAUGUCUCGUCCUCUUCACUACAAGGUUGUUGUAGAAGACGAGGUCUUUGAUUUAGCAAAGGGUCGCAACAAUCUAUUUCAUGCUAUAAUCUUCUUCUUGUACCAAGUCAAGACCAAAGACAAUGGUAUGCUAGGGCGUGUUAAUUUGGGUCUAUCAGGAGUCAAUAUUCUUUGCAUUCUCAGCAAGAAAUGACCGGAACUUGGACAUCAGUUAUGUGUUUGUUGUUGAAUCAAUAUCCUUCUAAGCUUAACUGUACAGAAUCAGAGGGAGGGAGUACURUAUUGUCAAUUUUCUAAUAUAAUGKUUUUUUCUUUGUGAGAGGGU